UCCUUCUGUCUCCAGCUCAGGUAUUACAGGAAUCUUCUGGGAGAAUUCAAGUGUAAAAAAACGUCCACUCACAGCUUCAUUUCAUCUGCUGAUUCAUCAGGAUCAUGAGGCGACAGUGUGCUCACCAGAAAACAACUCCCAAGUGAGGACUGGUAAACUGGUAAUGCUUGCAGGACCAGUAGCAGCUGUGCAGCAGAAGCCCAACAGGGAGAUUUACCCCCAGGCUGUGGGUGUCUCUCUGGAUGGCCUGCAAGGUCAAGUUCCCUUCCCGACUCAAAGCUCCAGCAGCCACAGGAGACCCAUGUCUGAACCUGUCCCUCUGCUGAACUCUGCUCCAGAUCCUGUGGCCGGUCAGGACCGAAGACGGAGGGAGAUGAAGAUGGAGAACAGGUCCACGUGUGAUCCAACUAAUCCUGACUCAAAGCAGAAUGGACACAGCUCAGAAGUGGCUCAUGGAAAUGACACAGAGGUGUCGGACCUGGAGCACAGAGCUGCUGCUCAUAAUAAUUCUCAUUGUGGAGCCACAUCACCUCAGCACCAAGAAGGAAGCCCCAGUGUGUCUCCAUCAGAAGACUGUUCAUCAGACGGGCUCAGAAUAGUGAAGCACCAGCCGAGCGUCAUCGUGUUCUGCGACCAUGGUUGUGACCAUCGGGGGACUGUGUCCAACGGGAGCUCUGACGGUGGCGAGUCCUCCUCGUCCAGCACCGAGGAGGGAGAGGGGGACAACGACGAGGACGACGACUUCUCUGAGACUUUACAAUAUAAGGAAUUCCUGGCCAGUCGUCGCCGUAGAAACUCGAGCAGGAACAGGAAGUGCCUGAGGAAGAGAGAGGAUGCCCAGCCUAACGGCUCCGCAUCUGGUCGGCCCAAGCCCACCAACCAGGACAGUGCCAAGUCCACCGGUGACGGAGAGGAAGAGGAGAACAAUGGGAGACAGGCUGCUGCUUGUGACUCCAUGAAGCUGCUGAUGAACAAGUUGGUUCGGCUCAAUGAGGAGAACCAGGACAUCCAAAGGGCUGAUUCCUCCCGACCGGAUGAGACCAGAGCUGAGCAGGAGCAGCAGAGCGCCGCGGGUGCCCCUGCUGUGGCCAGGACGGCGAGCCAAGCCCAGAGUCAGGAUCAGGGAAGCUGCAGGUCUCCAGACAGAUGUGAGCCGCUGACGAGACGGCGCUCACGACCUUUGACCCGCAGCAGGCCCCUGACCCGCUCGUCCCUCUCGUCCCCCACUCACCUCGACGCUCGACGGGCCAGGGCCGCUUCAAGGAUCACCAGCGGAUCAGCAGAGAUUGAGGCUAAGGAGGCUUGUGAUUGGCUUAGAGCAGCAGGAUUUCCACAGUACGCCCAGCUUUAUGAAGAUUCCCAGUUUCCAGUAGACAUUUCCUCAGUGAAAAGGGACCAUGACUUCCUGGACCGGGAUCUGGUGGAGCCGUUAUGCCGACGUCUCAAUACUCUGAACAAGUGUGCGUCCAUGAAACUGGAUGUCAGUCACCCCAGGAAGAAAGGUGAUGACUCCGAUGAAGAUGACCCGCUGGCGAUCAGUAAACGGUGGACGUUUGAGUGGAGCAGCCGACGCUGGUCUCGUCUGCAAGACUUCCUGUUGGACAGCACCAAUGAGAACAGCCCGACAGGUCAGGGGGGGGGUCUGCGCAGCACAGUGAGCAGCGAGAGCGUCCUGACAGACCUGAGCGAGCAGGAGAUCACGGACAUUUCUUCUCUGCACAGCGAGGACUCGACCUCCGCCAUGCCCGACUCCAUAUCCAUGGCGUCCCUCUCCGCGUCCUACCAACCGCCCAGUGAGCUUUCACACUACAACUCCCUGCCAAUGAAAAGCAGCCGCCAUGGCCAAGGAGGGCGGAGCAAAGCCAAAGAGUUUUUGCGUCGCAUGGAAGGGAUGCGCACCUGGGGGCCGUCCACGAGGCGAAAAAGCUCAAACCGCCGGCCGCCACUCGUCAUCAGUGGGCCGGUGCUACAGGGGGAGGAGCCUCUGGCACUGCAGGUGCUCCAGUGUACUCCCAUCAGCCAAUUAGAGCCCAGUCCUAACAACCACCAAACUGAUGAAGACACUCCUGCUGACACACUCACCAAUGAUUGUAAAGAGCAGUCCCUGGUGAGAGUGAGCGCCAGCAGUGAGGCGGUGACGCCCGAUGUGAAGGAGCCGGGGUUCACCAAACCUCGCCCGGCCAGCAAGAGAAGCAGCAUGUACCUGGAGGACAUGGACCUGCCUUCUCAGGGGAAGAGGACUGAGGGGCAGAGUCAGUUUGGCAGAAACCAGUUUCAUUCACAUGAGAACCUCCUCAUUCACAUCCCCAAAGACCAUAAACCUGGCACCUUCCCCAAAGCUCUGUCCAUCGAGAGCCUGGCGCCCUCCCCUGAUGACAGGAACAAUGGCCGUCAGACACGGACCCAACCCUCUACACCCUGCAACGGCCUGGGGGAUCCCUGGUCCAACAAGCCUCUCUCCAGGCCCCCCUGUCCUGGAGCUCCGCGGGGCAGCAGGGUGAGCGUGUACGACAACGUGCCGGGAUCGCACCUGUACGCCAGCACCGGAGACCUGCAAGACCUGGAGAACGAGGACAACAUGUUCCCUCACCUGGACGACAUCAUCCAGCACGUCAGCGGCUUGCAGCAAAUCGUGGACCACUGGAGCCGCAGCGUGCUGCCCGAGGACGACGCGGGGGAGGAGGAGGGGGAGGGCCGCACCACCCCCAGCGAAUGCGAGAGAGACGGCGUCUCCAUGAACGAUACAGAUUCAACGGGGACCAGUCGGGAGAGGCGGGACUCUGGAGUCGGGGCCUCGCUGACGAGACCACGUCUGCGAUGGCCCAGUUUCAGAACCUCUGAUCAUCUCAACCAGCCGGCCUCCUCGCUGCAGAUCAGCAGCCAAUCAGCAGGCCAGCUCAGCCUGCUGCAGAAGUUCUCUUUGCUCCGUCUCACCGCCAUCAUGGAGAAAUACUCCAUGUCUAAUAAACACGGCUGGACAUGGUCUGUGCCCAAGUUUAUGAAGCGCAUCAAGGUGCCCGACUACAAAGAGAAGAGUGUGUUUGGUGUUCCCCUCAUCGUGCAUGUCCAGCGCUGUGGUUUUCCGCUCCCUCUGUGUUUACAGCAGGCCCUCAGCCACCUCCGAACACACUGUCUGGACCAGGUGGGAUUGUUCCGCAAAUCGGGCGUGAAGUCUCGUAUCCUGGCUUUGAGGCAGCAGUGUGAACUGUCCCCCGACUCCGUGAGCUACGAGGACCAGUCGGCGUACGACGUGGCCGACAUGGUCAAGCAGUUCUUCAGAGACCUGCCUGAGCCUCUGCUCACCAGCAAGCUGGGGGAAACCUUCCUGCACAUUUACCAAUACGUCCCGAAGGAGCAGCGGAUGCAGGCUGUCAGGGCGGCCAUCUUGCUGAUGCCGGACGAGAACAGGGAGGUUCUGCAGACGCUGCUCUCCUUCCUGCGCGACGUCACCGCCCUGGUGGAGGAGAACCAGAUGACGCCCAUGAACCUGGCCGUGUGUCUGGGGCCUUCACUGUUCCACCUCAGCAUCCUGAAGAACGAGACGCUGUCGCCAAGGUCAAUCCAGAAGAAGUACACCACCGGCCGUCCGGAUCAGAAAGACCUGAGUGAGAACCUGGCCGCCACUCAGGGCCUGGCACACAUGAUCUCCGAGAGCCACCGUCUGUUUCAGAUCCCUGAGGAGAUGGUGACCCAGUCUCGUAACUCCUACAUGGAGGCCGAGCUGAUGGUGCCGCCGCUGGACGAGCUGUGCAAGGCUCACGAGGAGGAGGUGGAUGAGGACGAAGAGGAGGACGAUGAGGAAGGAUCCUAUCAUGGACACAUAGAGGGCCUGGUCCAGAACCUGUUGAAAGAUGCCAAAGACAAGAGCAAAGCCUGGGUGUCACGCUCAACUAUUGACAAUACAGAGCUGGCUUUUAGAAAGGUGGGAGAUGGAAACCCUCUGAGGCAGUGGCGUGUGUGCGUGGAGGUACCCGCUACUCCCAAUGAAGUGCUCCACCGGCUGCUCAGAGAGCGCCCCCUGUGGCAGACUGAGCUACAGCAGGAGAAGGUUCUGGAGCCGCUGGACAGACAGACGGAUGUGUACCAGUACUCCUGCUGCAACAUGGAACCUCAACCCAACUGUGACUAUGUGGUACUGAGAUCGUGGCGUACAGAGCUGUGCAGAGGUUCCUGUGCCCUGGUGAGCGUGUCCGUGGAGCACGAGGACAGCCCACGCAUGGGGGGGCUGCGGGGGGUCGUGCUGGAGUCGCAGUACCUCCUGGAGCCCUGUGGGACGGAGAGGACCAGGCUCACACACAUCUCCAGAGUGGACCUCAGGGGAAGAUCUCCAGAAUGGUACAACAAGGCCUUCGGUCACCUGUGUGUCAAUGAAGUCCAGAGGAUCCGCUCCUCUUUUCUCCCUCCAGAUCAGACGAGCACCGAGGCCAAGGUCUGAACCCCGGGAAACAAGCUUUGUCCUGGGUCACUGCGCCGGAGCAGCUGAUCCAGGAGGGGAAUCAUCCAGGAAAUGGACUUUGGUGUCUUUUAAUGCUGCUGAGCCACACGGAGUCUGUCUGUACCCACGCUGUACUGAGUCCCAGUCAUUCACACACAGACUGGAGAGGAGUAUUUUAUAUCAUGUGAUCGUGCAUACGCAUCUUUUAACAUCAAAUCACUAAUUUAUUGUCCAGGGAACCAUAGAACAAACAUUUUAGUUCUUCUUUUCACGUAAUCAACUCUUAACCACGUGCAGUUAUUGAAGGGUGAGGUUGAGUAGACAGUGAGUACUUUUCAGUGUUUACUGGGUCCUUCUUUAAAAUCCAUCAAUGAAACAGUCUGCGUCGGAAAGUUGAUCAUGAGAUGCAAAUACACAAACCAAAAGACACGAGUGAAAACACAACAUCCUUAUCAGAGGCAACAAUUUCCUCUAUUUUACAGAACAGACCAGACGAACAGGACAUAAUCACUCCAGUCUGUUUUUGUCAUUUUACACACUGACAGCUACAAACAGCCAAAUUGACAAACAACUGAUGAUGACAUCUUAUCUACAAUUAUUUUCUGAUUAAUCUUUUAAUAAACUAGUGGAAUCUGGAUCUUCAUACAUCAACAUUUAUAGCAUGCACUUAAUUAUUCUAUAUUAUUCUUGAGCCUUCUGCAGAUGCUGUAAAGAUCCAUAGGAAUGACUAGGACCAGUACAGUAUGGGCACAUGACAGCACCACAUUGUGAAAAGUGAGCUAGUUUCAGGAAGAAUCGAGGACACAAGGGAUCCAGAUCACAGCCAAUGGGAAACACUCAUCGGGUCCAUUAAUGUGCUUUAACCCUGUUAUGGAAACAUUGAGUUGGAUAUCACUGUUGGUUUAGUUCCCUGUCAUUAUUUUCAGUGUUAAACUUAUCUAAAUUAAAUGUUAUUUUAAAGUUAUUAUUGUCAUUAUCUCUGUACGUGGUAUCAUUGUGUUUUUUUUGUCAUUUAUACAAUGUCUAAGACAUGAGACCAUUUCACUGCUUCUGGGAAGCUUGUUUCAAUAUUUGCAUGUGUGUGUGUGUGUGUGUGUGUGUGCGUGUGUGUGUGCAUGGAUGUACCUGUGUAUCUGCAUAGAUAUACAUCCAGUCUGUAUAACAGCUGAGUCCAGCAGUUUGGAACUGGCUGUAAUUCACACUAUCUGACGCUUUCUGUGCUGUGGCAGCAGACCAACCCUCAUCGCUUACCUACCUAUCAUAUUGAUAUGCUGAAAUGUGAACCUCCCACACAGCAUCCUACUGAAGCAAUAGCAGACUAGAGCUCGCUCCGCCAUGACGCCGCCUCGGCUUUUUGUGUGUCUCCGCUGAAUUGUGUUGCUACGAUACAGUAUCUCUACAGUGCCACCAAAGUCCCAUGUGGAUGCUGCUUGCUGGAGAACCAUGUGUGUGCGUGUGUGUGUAUAUGUGUGUAAAUAUGUGUGUAUGAGACAGACAAAGGAGUGAGUGAGUGACUUUGACCCGAGCCCUCGGCUGUAGUGCGGAGAGGCCCCCGACUGGAGCUGAGUAGCUGAUCUGUGCUCGGUCACUUCUGACAAAGUGACGGAUAACAGAACCGUUGUUUCUAAACAAGAGAAUAAAAAUGUAUGAAUUCAACAAA